AUGGGUUGGCUCUGGGCAGACAAGACGGAAACCAAGUCCGCUCUGACACCUUCCGCUGCAAAGUCACUGGGAUGCCCGGUCGAUUACACAUCGUUGAAAUCUCUGAGUUCAUCCAGGCCAUCUGUUUGCCCCGUCCAACCAAGCAACAGCAACGAUCAAGUGUUGAAUCCCUUGAACAACAUGCCCAUGGCUAUAUCAAGCGAGCGAGCACCGGGCCAAAAGAUCAAGUUGUCAACCGAGCGAACCAUCUCCACGAUCCCACGAGGCGAGUCGCUGGACCAAGGGCUCUGGGAGUAUCCAUCUCCACAGCAAAUGCUCAACGCCAUGCUCGCCAAGGGCAAAGGCGAGGGAAUACCCGAGGAUGCGGUGACGUCGAUGGUGGAGGUCCACAACUUCCUCAACGAAGGCGCCUGGCAGCAGAUCUUGGAGUGGGAAAACAAGUACACUAACGAAACAAAGGUCGAGCCGAGGUUGCAACAGUUUACAGGUAGACCGCACGAUCUCUCGCCAAAGGCAAGAGUGUACUUGUGGUUAGGUGGGUUGUUCCCCGACACGUUCAACACGGUGCCACCGUUUGAUAGACACGAUUGGUACGUGUUGCGAAGCAAGGGGAGAAACCAGGGCUGGAAAAAAGUGAGGUAUGUCAUUGACUACUAUGGCGCUCCCGAUGAUGAAGAAACGGGCAUGCCGGCGUUUAUGUUGGACACCCGUCCCGCGUUGGACGAUGUGGCUAGUAUACGUGAUAGAAUUGUCUCGUUUGCAGGGCCAGUGUGGAGAAAAGCCAUGGGAGAUGCAGAUCAGUUUUAG